AUGGGUGCCAAGCAGUCGCUGCAAGAGUUCCAAGCAAUUCCGCUCGUCCCGACCAAGCUCGGCGGCCUCAGCACCAACUACGUAUCGACAGAGACCGCCACGUUCGUCAACGCGCCGCAAGGCUUCCUCAACGUGAUGACGGGCGGUACGGAGCUCGGCCUCCGUGCGACCAGUGGCCUCCUGUCCACGUCCGCGCAGCUGGUGAGCGACAACAGCCGCGAGGUCGUGGCGACCAUCAAGAAAGCACUCGUCGCCUUCCGCGCCACGUACCACGUGUACGCCGGCGAGUCCAAGACGGAGCUGCUCAAGCUCGUCGUGCACAAGAGUUACUUCGGGUCGACGUACACCUGCAACGUCUCUGGGAACGGCGGUCGCUACACGCUGGUGUGCAAAGGCAAGUGGUCCCAACGCAUGCUCAUCACGUGCAACGGCAAGGUCGUCGCCAAGAUCCGCCCGCCGCCAACCGGCACCUGCGCGUACCUCGACGUGGCGGCCGGUGUCGACGCCGCGGUGCUCUGCCUCGUUCAGCACAUCGCAGUCCAGUGCGAUCGAUCCAAGGCUUCGUGUCUCGACUGUGACGAUCUCGAUGUCGACUUUUAA